GUCGUCAAAAUGUGCGAAAAUUAUUGUAGUCUACACGGUGACGGUAUCUCAAUGGCAGGAGACAACUCUUAAUUAACCACUUGAAAUCGAGGAAUUAUUUAAUUUGCUGGUUGUGACCCCGGAAAUUCAACUUUUACGAAAUUCAAUUGACGGCUUAUAAUUUGAUUUUAUGAGUACGGUCGUCAGUUCGUCUUGUUCAUGUCUUGUUAGCCUAGCUUAGCUUAACCUUCCUGCCAGCAGCGUUGCUUAACAGUUUUGUAAAGAGAUGUGUCGUAACCAGGAAGUAGUUUGUACCAGCGACACCGUGAAACCAGUGUGAAAACCAUAACUGUCGUAUUGUGUGUUAGUUUGGUAAACCUCCACUGAUUUAAUAGGUUUUGUACGAAAGUGGGACUGCCUCCGAAGUGUCCGCAACAUGUUGAAUAUACCAACCCAGUCUUUUCCAGCACCGAGUUCCCAGCAGCGGAUUGCGCCAUCCGGCCAGUCCGGUAGGAAUAAGGUGGCGCUGAAACCUGGCCACAGUCUGAUGGACUGGAUCCGGUUUUCAAAGAGUGGAAAAGAUCUGACCGGACUCAGAGGCCGCCGGAUUGAAGUUACUGAGGAAGAAUUGCAGAAACACAACAGAAGAGAUGACUGCUGGACCUGCAUACGAGGUAUGGUUUACAAUGUAACCCCCUACAUGGACUACCACCCCGGUGGAGAAGAGGAGCUGAUGAAGGCAGCAGGAAAAGAUGCCACUGACCUCUUUGACCAGGUCCAUCGCUGGGUGAACUAUGAAUCCAUGUUGAAAGAGUGCCUGGUGGGCAGAAUGGCAGCUAAGGGCAGCACAGCUCUUAAAGCUAUCAUCCCUCCACCACCAACUGGCCUUGUUCCAUCUACUUCAGUGGCUCCGCCAGACAAAGACUCUCGCCCCCGGUACGACUGGUUCCAAACUGAUGUGACUGUUCAUCUGGUCAUUUAUACUAAAAGAAAGAUCCCCAGCUCAGGCUGUACUACUGUUGACCUUGAGGCACGUGUUCUACAAGUGGAAGUACUGCUGGGCAAAAUGUCUUACAUAAUACAUUUAUGUCUCGCUGGUGAAGCUGAGGCAAGUGUUGCUGUUCACACUGCUAACUCAGUGGGAAAAAUCCAGAUUACUAUGCGCAAGCAGGCAAAAGGAAAAUGGGAAAGUCUUGGUCAGCCCCUGGAAUUCCACAAUACAUUUCAACGCAAAAAAGACAGAGCUCUCUUCUAUCGAGAUUGUGUUUUAGUGGCUAAGACUGAAGUGAACCAUAACACCUUUGUGUUCAAACUGCAAUUACCACGUGGGACUGUCAUGCAUGUGCCUGUUGGAAAACACGUGUACCUCAAAGCCCUCAUUCAAGACACUGAGGUAGUGAGGCCAUACACUCCAGUAGACCAGAAUCUGACAGGACCAACCCAACACUCCUUACAGGAAUCAGACCUCUACCUCAUGAUCAAAGUCUACCCUGAUGGAGUAUUCACCCAACAUCUCAACACCCUGCAUAUAGGUGACCAUCUAUCCGUUAGUAGUCCAGAGGGUACCUUCAGUCUACAUCGCCUCCUUGAUGCCACGAACCUCUACCUAUUAGCAGCAGGCACAGGUUUUACGCCCAUGGUUCGCCUCAUCCAUCUGGCUCUUCAAGAUAUGGACGGCAUCAGAAAAACCAAACUGCUCUUUUUUAACCGGCGGGAGGAGGACAUACUGUGGCACAGUGAGCUGGAUGAACUGGCUGCUAAUGAUGCAAGGUUUCAGGUGGAGUACAUCCUGUCUGAGCCUAGUGAAAGCUGGACUGGUAGGAACGGUCGGGUGACUGAGUCAGUGCUUAACGAGUUCCUCAUCAGGCCACAGGGGUCCAAAUGCUAUGUAUGUACGUGUGGCCCCACUGCCUUCACAGAACUAACAACAGGGUUACUGAAGCAGUUGAACUUCAGUGAAGAGGAGCUCCAUGCCUUCCAAGGAUGAUGAGCUCUGCCUCAGCCAAACUCCACCCUCCAAAAACUUUGUUUUUGUGAAUGAGAGUCGACUUUAAUUUAUAAACUUGUAUUUUUGAGAUAUAAAAGGAAUAUUCUGUUUCUAUGCACCUGAAGGACCUGAUAUGGCUGACAGCAUAUAUGCAACACAUCCAGGCACUGAUGGACUUUGAUGGAAAAGUAACACCGUCACAUGCAGUGAGGAAUCUAGAUUCUCAGGAUAGUGUAUGGCACAAACUUUAUAGAGAUAGUGGAAACAAUCAUUUGUAAUUGUGACAAAAAGAACUGUUUAUGCAAUGGGUAAAGAGAACAAACAUGAGAAUAUCAGCGUGUGUGGCAGAGGAUCAUCUGCAAUUGUUUAUGGUUCAUGAUGUUGGAGUUGCAAGAAUUAUAAGAACUGCAGAAAAAUAAAAUGCAUUAUGAGGACUUUUUUUUUAAAUCAGUCCAUAAAGAUUAAUCAAGACUCA